AUGGGGGAACCAAGGCCGCUGUCGCAGCCGGUGGCGCCCGCUGACUUGAACGGCGACGAGCGAGCCUCGGCGCGGGAGGGGCUCGAGUCCACUCCGUUGAAGGAGGCGUCUGCGGCCGCUUCACAGUUCGCUGCGGCCUGCGUCGGCGACUCGAAGGUUCAGGCGCUCGAUGGGAACGCCGCUCGGGAGGCGGCGCAGAGGCAGACGGGUGCAGAGACUGCCGCCGCCUCGCCGCGCGCGCUGCGGGAGGCGCUGCAGUCCACGGUGUCGUGUCUGAUUGUCACGGACGUGCAGCGAGACUUCUGCGAGGGCGGCUCCCUCGGGGGCGACGGCCGAACCGAGAUGGUGCACAACAUCAACAGGCUGCGUUGCUGGCGCAGCCCGGGCACGGGACACGCGCUCUCAGGCGUUCCGUUUGAGCAGCUUCCCAGCAGCUUGAAGGCCUCCGACAUUGGGGACGAGCUGUUCAACUACGUAGUCGUUAGUCGCGACUGGCACCCGCCGAACCAUUUAUCCUUCGCGAAGAACCACGGCAGCGACUGCAAUCGCGAAGCCUGCGUCUGCGGCGACGACACGGAGGCGGCGGGCGAGGCUGGGCCCUCCGGCCGCCACGACGGGGGACAGAAGGGUUCUCCGGACGCGACGGAACACUUCGCAGCCGCGCGAGAGAAGUCAAAGACCGCACUCGCUUCCCUGGAGCCGAAUCAAAUUCGUCGCCGGCGAACGGGCAUCGUCCUCGAUCUCUGGCCGGUCCACUGCGUGCAAGGCACGCCGGGGGCGGAGCUCCACGAGGAGCUGCUGACGCUGCCCAGCGACAUCACGCUGUUCAAAGCCACCAACCGCGAGGUCGAGAACUACUCGUGCUUCGGCGACGGCCAAGACAGAACCCAGCUGGCGUCGUGGCUCCAAGAGUGGAAAGUCGAGACGGUGUGCGUCGUGGGCCUAUGCACCGACUACUGCGUAAGCGCCACGGCGAUUGCUGCGGUGAAGGUCCCCGGGGUUCGCACGGUCUGCGUGCUGCUGGACUGCUCCAAAUCUGUUGUGGAGGAAGCGACGCCGAGUGUCUGCGAAGUGAUGCGAAGCAAAGGCAUCCAUGUAAUGACUGCCAAAGAGAUGCUCGGAUAA